AUGGACUAAAUAUCAGACGAAGCAAUGAACGCUAUGCCAAAAAAACCAUAAAAUGCUUAUAUGUAAUUUAGAGCAGACAUUUAUGAUGAUCUUAAGAAGAAGAACCAAGAUAAAAGUAUGACUGAAUUGACUUAAUUGAUAUCUACUAUGUGGGGUGAAUUGGAUGAAAAGAAGAAAGAAGUAUAAAUAUUUAUAUUAGAACCUUUUUAUUAGAAAUACAAUAAAGAUUAUGAAAAGUCUUUAGAAUAAUAUAAAACUGAUUAUGCUGGGUGGUUGAAGAAGUUCAAAUUGGAUGAAGAUAAAGUUAAGAAAUGCCUUAAAGAAAAUAAAUAAGCUAAAAAAAAGAAUAAAAAAGGUUCUAAAAAAGUAACCAAGGCUUCAAAGAAUGAAGAAGAAAGUGAUGAUGAAGAUGAACAGAAAAUUUAGUCAUUAAAAAAUAAGAACUAGAAGAAAUAAUAAGAAUAGAAAGAUGCGAACGGAUAAAAGAACACUAAAGAUUAAUAGAAACAUAAAGUCAAUCCAUAGUAGAAGGAGAAAGAGAAAAAAGAUAACAAGAAAAAAUGA